AUGGAAUUAGCUGUGUCGAGAGAGGAUCAGGAUAUUUUGCUGAAGGACAGAAACGUUCUGCAGGAGUCUGUGGUGGACAAGUACAGGACAGCAGGGCAGAUCGCACAGACAGCUUUGAAAUAUGUUAGUGGAUUGAUCAAUGAGUCGUACCAUCGGAACGAUGGUACGAAGAUCUGUAUCAGUGAGCUAUGCCUGCUUACUGACUCGUUUAUGCUCGCAAGACUCGAACAAUGCUACUCCAACAAAGUGAACGAAAGAGGCAUUGCUUUGCCGACAAGCAUAGAUAUCGACCAGGUUGCAAACGGCUGGUGCCCAGAAGUUGAUGAUUCAAACAAUAUUGUGAACUGGAACAAAGAUGUUUCAGAGAGCGAUGGGUUGCUCUCCUCAGUCACUGGCUUUUUGAGAGCUGGCGAUGUUGUCAAAAUUUCUCUUGGUGUCCAUGUUGAUGGAUACACCUCUCAAGUUUCCCACACCAUGGUGAUAUAUCCCGUGGAUGUGUCGUUACCAAGGGAGCAAAGGGUGCCCACUGGUCCUUUGCUCGGUGGCAAGGCUGAUGCAGUCGCAGCUGCUCAUCUGGCCUCAGACACGGUCGUUGCACUGUUGGCUUGUUCUUUAACGCCGGAAAAAAUACCUGCAUCUCUGACUUUGAAUGGCAAAAAUGCGGUCACUGGCCACGUUAUCAGAAAUGUAGUCGAUAAGAUUGCUCAGUCUUUCAAUUGUUGUGUUGUUCCUGGCUCUCGUGUCCGUAGAAUUAGAAGAUUUUUAGCGGGUCAGAAUGAAGGAAUCAUCGCAGAAAGGGAAUAUAAAGGUGUUGCAUGGACGGAAUCACACCAGGAGGCUCAACUGUUAGCCAAGAUUGCUCAACAAGAGCAAACCGAGGAACUCAAGCUUACUGUUUCCAAACGUGCGACUCAGAUCACCGAGUCUGCAUCAGCAAUUCCAACUGAUGAUUUUGAAGUUCAAUCUGGUGAAGUUUAUUUGAUCGAUCUGAAAAUGAGUCCUUUGAGCGAUUUUAAAAAGCAAGGUUUAGUAACUUUGCAAGAUGUUGAUUCGUAUACUGGUAAAUCCCACAAGAAUGACGUAUUGGUGGCCAGAUCAGGCGCUUUCAUCAGAGAUUUCGCUCAUUCAUACACUUUAAAAUUGAAAACUUCCAGACAACUUCUAACAAAAAUUGAUAGAAACGGUGUUUAUCCAAUGAAAUUGGCGCAUCUCUCACCUAAUUUCCCAUUGACUUCGUCGUCUUCAAAUGGUGAAAAUAAUCAAUUGGAAGCUUUAAAGCAGGAUUUGAAGUCGUUUAGGUUGGGUAUGAGUGAAAUCACAAAUAACUAUUUAUGUUUGGAAAAGCCAAUCCAAAUUGCAAAAUACAUACCAUGGGAUCAUAUUUUGAAGACUACGAAUACUAAAGGUAACUUGAGUUAUGAUGCAACUGCAUCUCUUACCUUACCAGGCCACGAAACUCCGUUACCAAAGCUAGGAAUCUCAUCGUUGAAGUUGAAAUCAUUUAUGAAAUCGCCGGAGACACAUUCAUUGCCAGUAGCUCGCGAAUCUUGUACAGUUCUCCUAUGUGGUAGUGAUACUAGUUUAAAUGAAAAACCAGAACUACUAAGAGUAACAGGUGGUUCAAAGACUUGUCAACCAAGUUGGGUUCAUUCCAAAUAUGAAUUGAAUACGCAGGAUCCGCUAGUUCAAGGUAUUUUCCAACUUGCUGCCUUAUCAAAGGAUAAGAGAUUCGGUAUUACUUUGAGAGAAACUCAACCAAUGAAGUAUCACAAAACUGAAACUUCGUCAGUUGAUGGCGAUGGUGAUGCAAUGGAACUUUGA